AUGCCCACCACCACCGACGAGAGCGGCCUCAAGCGUAACCUCACCCAGAGGCACAUGCAGAUGAUCGCAUUCGGCGGCGCCAUUGGCACGGGUCUCUUCGUUGGCUCUGGAGGCGUCUACACGACCGGCGGCCCUGGCUUUCUGGUUCUUGAUUACAUCCUCGUCGGCAUCAUGUUGUUCUGCGUUGUCAUGUCGCUCGGCGAGCUCGCAUCCGUACUUCCCGUCUCUGGUUCCUUUGCAACGUACAGCACGCGCUUCCUGUCUCCCUCCUGGGGCUUUGCCAUGGGUUGGAACUACUGGAUGCAAUGGUAUAUUACGCUCCCGCUUGAGCUCGUCGCCGCGUCGAUCGUCAUCCGCUUCUGGGACCCAGAGCAGAAGAUCACGCCGGGCGUCUGGAUCAUCAUCUUCAUGAUCGCCAUCGUGAUCAUCAACCUCUUCGGCGUGCGCGGGUACGGCGAGUUCGAAUUUGGCGCCGCUCUCAUCAAGAUCAUGGCUGUCAUUGGAUUCAUCAUUGCUGGGAUAGUCAUUUCGUGUGGAGGUGGCCCAUCGCACGAGUACAUCGGCGCCAAGUUCUGGCACACCGAACAAGGCGCCUUCUUCAACGGAUUCCAAGGCUUUUGCAGCGUAUUCGUCUCCGCAAGCUUUGCCUUCAGCGGCACGGAGCUGAUCGGCCUUGCAGCAGCUGAGACCGCCAACCCACGCAAGGAAGUGCCCAAAGCAGCGAAGCAGAUCUUCGCGCGCAUCCUCAUUUUCUACUGCGUCUCCUUGUUCAUCGUCACGCUCACCGUCGACCCGACAGAUGCGCGCCUGACCGGUGGCAGCUCGAAUUACGAUGCGCGUCAAUCGCCGUUCGUCAUCGCCAUCGACAGAGCGCAGAUCAAGGCGCUGCCGUCCGUCAUCAAUGCUGUCAUCCUCGUCUCGGUCCUGUCAGUGGGCAACUCGUCCGUGUACGCAGGAUCGCGCACGCUCCUCGCGCUCGCACAAGCCGGCCAAGCUCCGCGCAUCUUCAGCUACAUUGACCGACACGGACGGCCUCUCCCCGCGGUGCUGCUCUCGCUCGCUAUCGGGUUCCUCGCCUUCCUCAUAUACAGCACCUCGCAGACUGACGUCUUCAACUGGCUCCUCGGCCUCUCGGGCCUCUCAGUGAUCUUCAGCUGGGCCUCCAUCUCUUUCUGCCACGUCCGCUUCCGCGCCGCGUGGAAGCGCGCCGGUCACACGCUCGAGGAGCUGCCGUGGAAGUCGCCAAUCGGCAUCUUUGGCGCUUGGUACGGCGGUCUGUUCUGCAUCCUCGUCGUGAUACUCCAAAUGAUCAUCGCAGUGUGGCCGAUCGGAAGCGAAGAAAUGACGACGAGCGCCCGCGUGGUGGUCUUUUUCCAGAGCUGUCUCGCACUCCCCGUAGUCAUCCUCUUCUACUGCAUCGGAGAGGCGCUCUGGCACGACGGUUGGAUUCAGGUCGAGGACAUCGACAUCAGCACUGGCCGGCGCGAACCGGUUCCCGUUGACAUUCUCCGGCGCGAGAGGGAAGAGGCCAAGGCCACUCCGAUCUACAAGCAGGUCUGGAGCCUCUUCUUCUGA